GGCUCUCAGACAGAAUCCAUUGCUGCAGCAGCGCCUUUUCUUCGACGCGCCCGGGGCGCUCGUCUCUUCCAGGGCAAAGAGAGGCGAGCCAGAGCCGAGGCCCGCUUAGCGAGGGACGCUACCCCCUCCUCCUCCUCGGGGGAGCACGGCCGGCGGGACUCUCUGGUCCGGCUCCUCAUCGCUUUCGCGUUCGUUAAGAGACGAUGUCUGAGUCAGAGGACGGGAGUGAGUUUGGUUACAUAGUGGAGUUGUUAGAGAAAGGGAAGGUUACCAUUAAGAACAUUGAACGAGAACUCAUCUGCCCAGCAUGCAAGGAAUUAUUUACCCAUCCGCUUAUUCUCCCUUGUCAACAUAGUAUCUGCCACAAAUGUGUAAAAGAAAUUCUCUACUUCACAUUUGAAGAUUCAUUCAAUGAUGCUGCUUCCGAGACUUCCAAUCACAGUAGCCCUCGUAUCCGGAUUAGUUCACCUAGCAUGGAUAGGAUUGACAGGGCUAGUAGAUCAGGUUGGAAACGCAAUUCAUUGACUCCUAGGACAACUACUUUCCCUUGUCCUGGAUGCCGGCAUGAUAUAGAACUGGGAGAGCGUGGCAUCAAUGGCCUCUUUCGCAACUUCACCUUGGAAACGAUAGUGGAACGAUACAGGCAGGCAGCAAGGGCGGCAACAGCUAUUAUGUGUGAUCUGUGUAAAUCCCCACCACAAGAAUCCACAAAGAGCUGCAUGGAUUGUAGCGCAAGUUACUGCAAUGAAUGCUUCAAAAUACAUCAUCCCUGGGGAACUUUGAAAGCCCAGCAUGAAUAUGUGGGACCAACUACCAACUUCAGGCCGAAGAUUUUGAUGUGUCCUGAACAUGAAAUGGAGAGAGUAAAUAUGUAUUGUGAAAUAUGCAGAAGGCCUGUUUGUCAUCUUUGUAAACUGGGUGGCACACAUGCAAAUCACAGAGUGACUACCAUGAGCAGUGCCUACAAAACACUCAAAGAGAAGCUUUCAAAGGAUAUAGACUACCUCAUUAGUAAGGAGAGCCAAGUAAAAAGCCAGAUUACAGAACUUGGUCUUUUAAUGAAAGAAACAGAGUGCAAUGGUGAAAGAGCUAAAGAAGAAGCAUCAAGCAGUUUUGAUAAGCUGUUUGAUGUUUUAGAAGAAAGGAGAGCAACUGCACUCAGGGCUAUUGAAGCUUCCAAAAUCCUAAGACUGGAGAAACUGCAGUCUCAAAUAGAAGAAUAUCAGGGACUUCUAGAAAAUAAUGGCCUUGUGGGAUAUGCCCAAGAAGUUCUGAAAGAAACAGACCAGUCUUGCUUUGUUCAGACAGCAAAACAGCUCCAUGACAGAAUUCAGAAAGCUACUGAAUCUCUGAAGAGCUUCAGACCUGCAGCACAAGCUUCUUUUGAAGAUUUUGUUGUUGAUGUAACAAAACAGCAGGAGGCUCUUACAGACUUGUCUUUCCAUUCAAGUGGUGUUGAUAUUCCAGAGAUCAAUGAAGAACAGAGCAAAAUGUAUAAUAAAGCUUUGAUCUGUUGGGAUCAUCCACAGAGAGCAGGUUCAGCUGACACCUACAUACUUGAAUACCGUAAAGUUAAUAAAGAAGAGGCAAACCCAGCAUGGCAAGAGACUGAAGUUUUCAGCAAGAGCAAAGUAAUCUCUGACCUUGACACUAAUAGCAGCUAUGCUUUCAGAGUCAGAGGAUAUAAAGGAUCUAUCUGUAGCCCUUGGAGCAGGGAAGUUAUCUUGCACACUCCACCAGCUCCAGUUUUCAGUUUUCUUUUUGAUGACAAAUGUGGCUAUAACAGUGAGCAUCUCCUGCUGAAUGCAAGGAGGAAUGCUGUGGAAAACAGGGCUGGGUUCCCUCUGCUUUUGGGAGCUGAACGUAUCCAAGCAGGCUGCUAUACUACCUUAGACUACAUUGUUGGAGACACUGGCAUUGUGAAAGGAAAACAUUUUUGGGCUUUCCAUGUGGAGCCCUAUUCCUACCUUGUGAAAGUAGGAGUAGCAUCUGACUCAAAGAUCCAAGAAUGGUUUAACAAUUCUCGUGAUCUUACUAGUCCAAGAUAUGAACAAGACAGUGGUCACGACAGUGGAAGUGAAGACAUCUUUGUUGAGUCCUUGCAGCCUUUCACACUGGUAACUCUAGGCAUGAAGAAGUUCUUUAUUCCUAAGGCUUCCCCUGCUCCAGUUGCUCCCAAAGACUCUGUGAAUAGAAUUCUUCCCAUGCCAUCAUGCAUAGGAAUCUGCCUUGACUGUGACAAAGGCAGAGUUGGAUUCUAUGAUGCAGAUCGGAUGAAGUGUCUUUAUGAGCGUCAGGUGGACUGCUCUGGCAAAAUGUAUCCAGCUUUUGCAUUGAUGGGGAGCGCAGGAGUUCAUCUGGAAGAAACAAUUGCAGCAAAAUAUUUGGAAUACCAAGAUGAAGACAUGUGAUGCCCAAGGUUCCAUCUUUAGCCUAAUGUCUUAAUUACAUCAUAUCUCCUAGGUGCUUCGCUGCACGACUGCUGUUGAGUCUUUCUGUUUUUGUUAUAAUUGCAGAGAGAAGUUUCUGUCUUUGCUAACUGUCUAGUACCCAGGAAGGUCUUUCUGCACUCACUCAUUCUGCUUUUUGGCAUGCUGUGACCUUGGAUACUGAAGAGUUUUAGAAAACAACAUGGGAUUAGCAGCCUUAUUGCCCUUUCACAAGCUGGAAACCUGCCUGUCUAAUUUAAAUCCUUUCUUAGCUGGCACUGCUGGCAUUCACAUCUCUUUUUUAAAUGGAAACAGGAUCCAUACAAUGGUGCAUUUCAUAUGGUUAUACAUUAUGUACACUCCUCACUUCUAAAGGAGUCUUAUUUUGUCUACAGUGAGUGGUCUGAUAUCUCAAUAAGAAUCCCUUGCGUAUUAGUACUGGAUAAUGUAUUUUUCAUCCAUGCUAUGACUAUGUGCUGGUGACAUCUGGGAGAAGUAUAUUGAAUAUGUAUUGAUACAUGUUUCUGUCUUCAGUACUGUAGAUUAUUUCCGAUAUAAUGUAUAUUUAACUAAGUGCAAUUUAUCUUGAAACAUCAGCCCUUGAUGUUUAAAACUCUGUGUAUAUAACAAUGUUUAGUCUUAUGGGAGGAAUAAAAACACAGGCACAAAUAGGAAUAUAUAGGGUUUUUUUAAAAAGGAAUGGCAUUGUCUGCAGUGUGAUGUUGAUUCAUUUUAUAGCAUAACUUUGUAAAACAAAAAGCCCAUAAAAAUAAAUAAAUUUUAGUGUGUUUAGAAUAAAGUGCACUGAUAAUUAAGUGAGAGAUUUUGCCUUAAGGCGUUAACAUCUGUUAGCUAGAAAGCAAUUCAUCCAUCCUUGUCUAAAACUCCAUAUAGUUUUUUUAGCUUGUGGGAAAUGUUCAAAAACAGACUGGAAGCACUAUUUGGAUAAUUUUCCUUUAGAAACAAAUGUGGUUUGUUUUACUAAAUAUUUAGAAGAAUGUUGAACAUGUAAGCAGGCUUUCAGAAUUUGGUAAUCAUUCUGGAUUAUAAACUACAGCCCCAAUAAUUUUAACUUCUGUUAACUGAUAAGAUACUGACUUUGCCGUAAUUUAUUUAUUGUAUAGUGAAAUGGUACUCCACUUGAAAGAACCUGUGAUCAUAAUGUAAUCUCCAAGUGGCUUUGGACAUGUUUGCUAUUUCUGAAUGCUACUGCUGGAAUUAAAUAUGUGACUAGUGCUGAGAGUCCAUGAACAAAGUGGUGCUUUCCCUUCAGUUUAAGGGACCAGAGAACAGUCUACACACCGGGCUUUGAAGAGGAGAUUACUGUCCACCCAAACAUAAACUUUUUCUCAGUUCAAUUAUGCUGAGCUAAUCUGGAGGGGUUUUUGUGUGUGUGAUUUUUUAAAACAAACAAGGUUCUACCUAAAGAGUGAGCACUUUAUAUACAGUCUAAGCUAAAACUUGUUAGAUCAUUCACCCUGUAGCUGCUAUAGCUAAUGAGCCUCUUGGGGUGACUACUGUGUGAUAUACAAAGCUCUAUACACAUGUACAUCAUAUCAGCAGUUUCCAAAAGAAUACUUAAAGCUUUAAUACAAACCACAAGGCCUUGUUUGGAAAGUAUUAAGUUGGGAUGUAACUUUCUCAAUACUUUUUUUUUAAAAAAAUAAAUGUUAAAAAUAAA